AUGCAGGAACCCGUUUACGGCGUGAUUCGCGAGGUGGAGCGUGUUGUGGCUUCGCCGUAUACCCCCACGCUCAACAAACUUGAAAGCAUAGUGGAAAAUGCUUCACAAGACGUGCUACACCGAUGGGCUGAUUGCAAACCCUGCCAGGUGUCGCUCCUGGCUGCAGUAAUUAUUGAACAGCUGCCAUAUUCACUCAAGCUUCUUUCAAGAUUCGGAUAUGUACGAGAGUUCCGCGAUGCUUUAUUGAAACGACAACCGAUGUUGCUGGAUCAGUUACUUAGGCACGCUAUCGAGGAAGGAGAAAACUUCGACGCUUGCAUAUCAAUGUUAUCAUCGAGGAUCCCUGACGAAACCGCCGUACCGGCAAGAAUACCGCUCUUUCUAACCACACUGUUACAAAAGAUGGUGCAGGAGCCAUGUGCCCGCACGAUUCGGCCUUUGUAUGAAGUUGUGGAAGGCCUUAUUGGCAACUCAAAUAUACUGAAAAGUCUUCCAAAUGACCUUUUGGCUACCUUCCAGCUCGAGUCGACCAACAUUUUGCGGAGCCUAAACGACUCGAUGGCAAGCCUACUCUGUUUAGCCACUUUCGCUCGAAUACGUAGGCUAUGGCAACCAACUAAAAAUGAACCCUACAUGCCAACGUGGUUAGAGAACAUUUUCCAGAUUCUAGGCCCAAAACGCGCGGCUAAGACCCUUGAUUUGGUAUUCAUCUCUGCAAUCAUGGCCUGCUCCAGUAGCUGCAGUGGGUAUUCAUCACAGGAGCGCGUUUUCCUAGUACGGUUGGCAGUAGAAAUCUGCGAUAAUUUUGACGAGGAGUUGAAAAGAUCAUGGCUAGGUACGAACUCGCCAAAAGUCGUAAAGCUAUGUGACAAGUUACGGCGACCAGAAAUAGACCGGGAUCUUCAAAUAAUGGGCUUGACACUUUUGACAACAUUUUCGCAAUGGCUCUCAUUACCUCGGGAGAUUUAUAGUAUGACACGAGAAGGUGUCUUUGCAAGUUCAGGGUUUGAAAUACUCUAUCAACUACCAGAAUCCGUCAGGGAAACACUUUUGGAAAGACUACUGGCAAACUUCGAUGCUAGUGAAAUUUCCAGCAUUCUCUCGUACGCUAUUACAGGGCUGCAGCGAAGCAAACACGUCAAUAUACCUGAUAUAUCCACAGUACGAGUCAACUUGCUAGCUCUCUCAGCGAUCAAAAAAUCAGAUUCACAUUUAUCUGCUGCUUGCUCCUACUUGGAGCGUCUCCCAACUGCAGACGAAGUGGCUUUAAAAGCCUAUGCUCAAACAUUCCGUUCUACCCAGGGCGAUUGCAUUUGUGAAACAUCUCCCGUUUGCACAGCAGCUACUGGAGCUUUGAAAAAUGAGCUCUUCCUUGAGUUUUUGACUUGCUUUCACUCCAGUGCUAUUGCAUGUAGUGAGGCGGUCCCCUUGAAGUCACAUGAUAUCAUCCUAUCAUUCCUUGACCGCACGAAGGAUCAAGGCAGAAAACCAAGCGGUUGCCGUUUUUCUCAAGCAACAGGACCAGAAAGGCUUAGUACUCUCUUCCAAAAGCCCGUACAACCAGUGGCAACCGUACAAAUGGAAAGAUCAAGCCACGAAUGGAGAUCUAAACUCGCUGCAUCUCUCCUGGAAAACGCCCAAACUUCUCACCAGUCCAUUAUCCAACAAAUGGAAGCAAUUUGUGGAGACUUUGAGGCCCGAUGUGCUAGUAUCGAAAAGCCACUGUCAGCCGUGGCCCAGGAACGCGACGAGCUCAGGCGGCAACUUGAAGAGGCACGAGAAGUCAACAUGGAGCUAGAAAACCGAGCACUUCAGUCUUCAGAAAUGAUAUCUAGCCUGACAACAGAGAAAAACCAACUAUCUGAAAUGAACAAAAAUUAUUCAUUGCAGGUGGCACAUUUGACUGAGCAAGUCGAUGCUUUGCAGAAUGAGCUUGAUUCUGCUCGCGAAGAGUCACAGGACAGCAUUGAGGUGGAACGCACAAAGGCUCGUACUCGUGAACUGGAUCUCAUGGCUACUGUUACAGAAAGAGAUGAUUUGCUUGAUGAGCAACAAACAGAGAUGGACGGUGUGAAACGGGAAAACGCCUAUCUCAAAGAGAGGAUGGAUGCCACAUCGGAACGUAAUAACGAGAUAUCGCAAGAGCGCGAUUCCCUUCAUGCUGAAGUGUCCAAGCUACAGAAGGAAUCAACUCAGAGCCGCGAGACGCUUCAACACGAGCUUUCUAGACUGCACCAGGUCAUGGAUAUACGGGAGUCCACGAAUACCGAAAAGGACAGCCGCAUCAUGGCCUUGGCUGAUACGAAUAAAGAUUUAUCCAGAGAACUUCAGAGUCUUAAGGAAAGGAUUGACCAAGAAAAGUCAAAUUCUGAGGCACUGAGAUCUGCUGCCGAGGAAGAACGACAGCGCCACCAGUCUGCCAUUGCAGAGAUGGAACGGAAACACGCAGCUCAAACUGCACAGUCCCUUCAUGAUGGACAAAACAAGGUUGAGCGGUAUAGAAACGAGAUUACUGCGAUCCAAAACAGAGCAGAGAGCAAAAUUUCUAAAGCCGAGAAGGACCUUCGUACAAAGGACAAGAGGUUGCAAUAUCUGCAGAAGAAGGUCGAGUCCCUUCGCAACGAGCGGUCAGCCAAAGCUCGCGAAUUCUCCGAGGCCCAGGAACACAUCAGUAGAUUGAUGAACGUCAUGGGGUUUUCCAAGGACCAAAAGAAUGACAAUCAAAAACCAACAACGGGCAUUAGAAGCAAGGAGCCUCGCAGGUCAUCGCGACUAGCCGAUGCGCAGACUCAAUCCUUUCUUCCAUCCGAAGGCGAGACAACCAUGCAUACGCAAUUCUCGGUCAUGCAGCAGCAGCCUCCUUCGGCCGAAGAUUCGUUCCAACAUAACUCUCGCAGACGUAGCCACCACAUGUCGAAUGCGGACUCGCUGCUCGACCCUAACCGCUCAUUCUCUCCAAGCAAAAAAGAAUCGGCAGUCCGCGAGCGGGAGCCGUUGCGACAGCCUCUUGGAGAUAUCGACAGGAACAGUCCCACGAAAUCUCAACAAGUCAGCCAAAGGUUUCCAGGGUGCGACGAUGAGCAGAAUAUUCAAAAGGCACAGCCUCAGGAAGAUUUUAAUAUCGCAGGGUGGGGAGAUGUUGAUUUGGACUUUGAUGAUGACGAUGUUUUUACAAGCACAGCAGCUGGAUAA